GAAAGGCAGGUGAGUUAAUCCAGCAUUUAUAUUAUCUGUCAAAACGUCUCAGUCAGAAGAGAUAAAGUUUGAAAACGCAUCAGCUUGAUUCUCCAGACUGACUGAAGUCCAGAAGAUGAGUGUUUGUGUGGAGGAAGAGGAGGACAGAGCAGAGUCUGCAGCAUCCAGCUGUCUGUCUAUGAAGAGUGACCGGUCCAAAGGUCUUGAUCCUCCAUCCUUCAGUCCUGAACCUGGACCCUCGGACACAAAAGUUCAGUCCAAGAGACGGAGUGCAGAGUCUGCAGUAUCCAGCUGUCUGUCUAUGAAGAGUGACCGGUCCAAAGAUCUUGAUCCUCCAUCCUUCAGUCCUGAACCUGGACCCUCAGACACAAAAGUUCAGUCCAAGAGACGGAGUGCAGAGUCUGCAGUAUCCAGCUGUCUGUCUAUGAAGAGUGACCGGUCCAAAGAUCUUGAUCCUCCAUCCUUCAGUCCUGAACCUGGACCCUCAGACACAAAAAAGAGGAAGAGGAGUCCUGUUCCUGUGGAGGAGCAGCCGUCCUGCUGUGCUUUGUGUCAGGACGUCCUGAAGGAUCCAGUCUCUACCAGCUGUGGACACUGGUUCUGCAGACAGUGCAUCACCUCAUACUGGGACCAGUCUGCUUCAUCAGGAGACUCCUCCUGUCCCCAGUGUGGAAAAAGAUCCAGAACCAGAGCUGGACUGCAGACAGCCAGUCAGAGCAGCUCUGUACAAAGUAAGACUGUUCAUCUGUCUGCUGAUGUCAUAAAGAGGAAGAAGCACAAGUACGAUGAGGGACAUGAGACGAGUCCACAGGAGCUGACGGAGGCUGACAGGAAGGUUCUUCUGAAGCUGGGGAGGCUGGCGUUUGAACAGCUGGAGAAAGGAAACAUCAUCGUUCAGGAGUUUCUGGCUGCAGUCUACAUGUUCCACUGUCACACCAGCAGGAACACAGAGGUACUGAAGGCCUUCCUGGGGAAAAAACAUGUUGAUUCAACCCUGGAUGUCUUAUUGAUGGAAGCCAUGAAGAAAUCCCUGAGGAUACAUCAGGAGAUCCAAGAGUUCCUGAAGUCAAAGAACAGAUCAAAGAAGAAACUCUCUGCGAUCCACUGCUCAGCUCUGGCCUACAUGCUGCAGAUGUCAGAGGAGGUUCUGGAUGAGUUGGACCUGCAGAAGUACAACACAUCAGAGGAGGGACGACUGAGACUAAUUCCAGCUGUGAGGAACUGCAGAAAGGCUCGGUAA